AUGGCGGUAUUCGAGACCAAAAGCGACGUCGAGUCGAACGGGGAGAAGAAGGAUGUGGCCCGCGGUUACGUGGGGGCCGACGGCGUCCACCAAGAGGACUUCGAGGCGGGCACCAGCACGUAUGCGAAACUCCAAAGAUUGGCGGGCAAGUUUGGUGUGGAACAAAGGGGUAUCGAGAGAGUCCCGGAAGAUGAGCGUACCGACGACGCCAUCAUGAACGUUGGAACGAUGUGGUGCUCCGCCAACAUGGUCGUCUCGUCCUUUGCCAUCGGCGUUCUUGCGAUUCCGGUUUUCAGUCUCGGCUUCGCUGACACGGCUCUGACCAUCGUCUUCAUCAACUUCCUCGGUGUCCUUCCCGUGUGCUUCUUCUCUACCUUUGGCCCCAAGUUUGGUCUUCGACAGAUGGUUCUCUCCCGGUAUUGGUACGGCUACUAUGUCGUGAAGCUUGUUGCCGUCUUCAAUAUCCUCGCAUGCCUGGGCUGGUCCGCCGUCAACUCCAUCGUCGGCGCCCAGCUCUUCAACGCCGUGAACCACGACAUGCCAGGAUGGGCCGGCAUCAUCAUCAUUGCGCUGUCGACCCUCGUCAUCUGCACGUUCGGCUACCGCAUCGUCCACACAUACGAGCGCUUCUCCUGGAUCCCCUGCUUCAUCAUCUUCCUCAUCGUUCUCGGCGUCUUCGCCCACUCGGGCAACUUCAACAACAUGCUGCCCCUGAACACAGGACCCUCCGAAGCCGGCUCCGUCCUAUCCUUCGCCGCCAGCGUCUUCGGCUUCGCCACCGGCUGGACCUCGUACGCCGCCGACUACACCUGCUACUACCCGCCGUCCACCUCCCGCAUGCGCGUCUUCCUCGUCACCUUCUCCGGCCUCUUCCUCACCCUCUGCUUCACCGAGCUCCUCGGCGCCGCCGUCAUGACCGCCAGCGUCAACGACCCCACCUUCAGCGCCGCCUACGCCGACUCGGGCAUCGGCGGCCUGCUCGCCGCCGUCCUCGUCCCCAAGCUCGGCGGCUUCGGCCAGUUCUGCCUCGUCAUCCUCGCCCUCUCCAUCAUCGCCAACAACUGCCCCAACAUCUACUCCGUCUCCCUCUCCCUGCAGGUCCUCUCCCGCCACACCGCCCGCGUGCCCCGCUGGAUCUGGGUCUUCGCCGGCACCGGCGUCUACAUCGCCAUCAGCAUCCCCGGCUACGACCGCUUCGAGGCCUGGCUCGAGAACUUCAUGCUCAUCAUCGCCUACUGGCUCGCCAUCUACGAGGGCAUCAGCAUCACCGACCACGUCGUUUUCCGCCGCGGCCUCGGCGGCUACGACAUCGAGGACUACGACGACCCCUCGCGCCUGCCGCCCGGUAUUGCCGCCUUCGUGGCCUUCCUCAUGGGCGUCAUGGGCGCCGUGCUCGGCAUGUCGCAGACGUGGUUCACCGGCCCGAUCGGCAAGCUUGCUGGCGGCGCGUUUGGCGGCGACAUUGGUUUCGAGCUUGCCUUCUCUUUUGCGGCGGUUUCAUACGCCGGGUUGAGAGUCGUCGAGAAGAAAUUCUUCAAGAGGUAG